AUUGUUUCAUUACACAUCAUCUUCGAAAUUUUAGUCUAUGGUUGUGUCCAUUGUUUUUCUACAAUGUUAUUUUUCUGACUGCUGCUGGUGGACGAGAAAUCGGUUUUGGCUGCGUUUCGUGUGAGUUUUUUCUAGUGUUCGUGUUCGAUAUUGUGAUUUAUAAGUAAUAGAUCACGAAGAUGUCGUCACCGAGCGCUGGGAAACGUCGCAUGGACACAGAUGUGAUCAAGCUUAUCGAAAGUAAACACGAGGUGACGAUCUUGGGAGGUCUGAACGAGUUCUGUGUGAAAUUCUUCGGUCCCCCUGGAACACCUUACGAAGGCGGUGUGUGGCGCGUGCGAGUGCACUUGCCUGACCACUACCCGUUCAAGUCGCCGUCCAUAGGGUUUAUGAACAAGGUGUACCACCCCAACAUAGACGAGGUCUCUGGCACAGUCUGUCUGGACGUCAUCAAUCAGGCAUGGACCGCGCUAUACGACCUGUCGAACAUAUUCGAGUCGUUCCUGCCGCAGCUGCUCACGUAUCCGAACCCGAUCGACCCGCUGAACGGCGACGCGGCCGCCAUGUAUCUACACAAGCCCGAGGAGUACAAGAAGAAAGUCUCAGAUUACGUCCGAAGAUUCGCCACAGAGGAGGCGUUAUUGGAAAAAGACGCGAUCACAGGAAUGGGUGGUGCGUCGGCAUCGUCCGGCUCCAAGCCAGCCAACGGCAACAACUCCGAUUCUGAAUCGUCUAUGAGCGACUUCAGCGACGACGAAGCGCAGGACAUGGAGUUAUAACACAAGGUAAGAAGGUACGCUCGCUCGCUCACUGCCUAGAGUGUGUGAUUCUGCGGUCUUUUGUUACGGAUACGUGUCACUUCUGGAUGUUUUUUAUAUGGGAUUGUUCGAAGCUGUCCUGGUCUGGCCCCAUCUAUGGUUUUUGAAGAAAUCAGGUAAUAAUUAUAUUGACAUGGGAUUGCUCUUCAACCUUAUCUCCUGGUCUUUUCAUUGGAUGUUUUGAGGUAUUAUGUGUCCAAUGUGAUAACUUUUGGUGUUGUCGUUAUUUUAAUCUAUAGUCUGUUUGUUCGACCAUAAUAUAGGACUAUUUAUUCAAAGCAUAAUCUCUAACUGAUCGUAAUCUGCAGCCUGUCUAAUUACAGUCCAUGAGUUAUAGUUUAUAAUUAUUAAUGUUGAAUGUCCCCUUAGAUAUCCUAUUAGGAUUUAAUAAUUAUGACCAGGAUUUUCUAUGUGUCCCAAAAAUUCCCUUUGUCUUUUAAAUUGAAACUUUUGAAUCGAGUUUUAUGUUAUAACAGUCUUUAUAUCAAAAUAACUAUCUAAAGAAGUCCAGGACCGCACUGAAAAUACGUGGUCCAAAAGUCCCCAUUCUCCCCAGACCAGGUGCAAUACCGCAUGGUAUAUUCCAAACACAUUUCUCGUGCCUAAGUACUAUAAAAUAAUCCUGUCUAUCGUCAUUAAAUAUAAUCGUUAUAUCCUAAAUUAUAUAAAUUUUAGAAAUGUAUAAACGUAACAAUCCAGAUUUAUCGAUAGUUUUAUCGAUAAAGAACAUCGACAGUCGACACGGGACCGCGGAUAUAACAGUUACCUUUCUGUAUUCGUACAGACGUCGAGUUUUGCUGCCGUAAUUGUUGAAAUUAUCAUUUAUGGACCAGACAAAUGCCAAUAAUAGAAAUAGUCUUAAUGCUCAGAAGCUGAUGGCGGCAAACGAGACUUACGCUUUAAAGUUUCAUUGGUGUUGCGUUGUUGGAAACGAGUGGGCUAACUGGGGCCCGGACCCCCCUCUGUCGGUUUGAGGGGGGCUUGGUGCCUGCAAUGACCUAUGGUCUUUGGAUAUCUCGACAUAUUUGCAUAUGGUAGAGAUGUCAUGCUGAUUUAGUCAGGGUAAUAUUUUUGUCGUCCUCUGUUGUAGCCGUUCUAAUUUUAAGUUACGGUAUAGAGAAUUGAAAAGAUUAAUUUUAAAAAAAAUAGUUACUUUUCAUUUUACAACUAAAGAGAUUGACAAAAUUUUUACUUCAAUUUGAAAAUUCUUAAAAAUAAAAAGAAAAAAAAGCUUACUCGUUUUCAGCAUUUGUCGACACACAAUGUGAAAAUAUGAUCAAUUUAAAUUUCGUCUUAAAUAUAGUUGUUGGUAUGUGGAAAUGGUGAAAUCAUUAGAUUUGUGUGUGGCUUGUAUUUUCGUGAAGCGGCCGAUAGAUGGCGGUGUAUAUAAUACAAUGAUUUCCACUAUUUUACCUGUACUUUACUGUAUACUUUGAAUUGAAAAUGAUUCAAUAAGGGAUAAAAUAGUAUAAAAUGUAAUGGAAAAUAUGUUAACUUGUCUCCUAACUCAUUUUAAGCCUUUAAAUGUAGAUGUUAUGUAAUUUACCAGCGGUUAUUGUCUUUGUCAAGAUAUAUUAAACUUUAAUAUCAUUACAUUAAAGUUUUUUAUAUCGUGCCGUUAUUCCAUCGAAUUUAAUAUUACGUUAUAUGGUCGAAUAUUGUAUGUAUUGUUUGUUUCUUGACGUCUGCUGCCAUCUGUCGGCCGCACAAACUUUCUCCUACGCUUAAGGAUAGCAGCAAUACGGUAGAUAAAAAAGUGUUCACAAUUUAAUAUGUAAUGUCGGGAAAGAAAAAAACAUUGUUAGGCUACGGUUUUAAUAAUAAAUGUAACGAACAUUUAAAGUUUAGAUAUUAAUCGUUUGUACUGUAUCUAAAUGUGAAUUGGGCGUGUUUUGUUCGUUAAAUAUCAUCACAAAAUAUUUUUUUGCAUGAAAAAUAAAAAAUCACACCAUAAACAUCUCAAGAAUACUUCAAUUAGACUGGCAACACACAAUUUAGACAAAACUAGUUUCCUCACACUAACAAAAGCUUUAAUAAUCAUAACACAAUUUGAAUAUCGAACAGCACACGCUCAAGUGUUGAAAUGCAUAAAUAAUAAUCGUAACGGUGUUUUCGGUUGUUUUCACGAUAUGCAAGUUGGCAACACACGGGCAUGCGAGCGAGCGAGAUAGCAUUAUGUAAAUAAAUCUGUCCCCAUAGCAUAAAUCCAACUUAAUACGAAACGAGAGCCCAGCGUUGGGGCUAAGUCAUCGCUAUAUCUCAUAGGUAUUUAAUGUUUUUUUUAAAUAUAGUUUUAAUUUUUUUCGUGGAAGAUGUGUCAUGUAAACGCGGCUAUAUCUCCCUCUGUGACGUGGUUUACGAUUGGAUAGAUUUCUCGGGAUGCGUUUAGUAAGUAUCGUAGUCAGUGGGCAACAUUUGUCACACGAUUUGAUGCAAUCAUUUGUCUAAUAACGAUCAUAUAAAACAUAUUUUUGCGUGUAUUCCGUCAUAUAGGAUAGCAUGCAAUAGUAAUGUUGUUUGCCUCAUUUGGUCUAAAGUUCUAUUUCACAUUAUAAUGUUAUUUAGAAUUAUAAUCUAUAAUUUUGUGGCACACUUAACAAAUUCUCAUUGAAAUCUAUCCAAACAAGAUUAUAAUAUUUCGCACACGGCAACACUGGUGUUUAGAUUGUCUAUGCCUUCGAUGUUACCCGCGCCUUGGAAUCACUUGAACAAUUUAUUACGCAAUCUGUGAUUAAUUUCUUCCUUAUUUUUCAUAUGAAAUGUCAAUUUGUCAUUAUGAGGUUGAGAAAUUAAAUGUAACACCCGUUGUACUUAGUAUAAUUGCUGUUUGUCGCUUUGUAGGACAUUUUUUUGUUAGCACAUAUAUAUUUUUAUGCUGGAAACACCGCCGCUCUGGGUUACCAUGCGAAACAAUAUUUUGAAAUUUUGUUGCCAUGUUAAAAUAAUGUUCGUUCUCGUAUAAAUGCUUUGUACACGUAUAAUAUUUUGUAUCUGGCAAUAUAGUGAAGGCGGUGUUGCAAGCAUUUUCUUCGGUAGUGUUCGCUCACACCAAAUAAAAUUAGCAUUUUUUGUAUGAACGAUGACUGCGCUGAUGUCAUGAUGAUCCUGCCAAUCGUUGAGAUGAUUAUUUUGGCGUAUUUUGUAAUGUUCUUUUUGCCUAGAACGUCAUUUGUGUUAACUAAAUAUGGAAGCAAUGUCAAUAGUAUUGAUGAAAUUAUUCAGAUAUUUUGAAAUGAAAGUAUAAGUUUUCUCAAAUACAGACGUAAGGUUUAGAUUUGGCUCACAGUCGCCCGCGUGAGCCCCUUUUUAUAGAAAAAUAAUCACUUUGGAGGAAUUACCUAACAAUCCCAUUUUAGUGCUCCACCAGGUGUGCAAUAUUUCACUCUUCUAGCGGCUUAGGCUAUGCCUUUAAAUUUCUUUGAAGACACUUACAUAUAUGUUAAUAACAUGUUACUCUAGUUACUCCUUUCUAGGCAAUAGUCGAGAAACGUGACGGGGGAAUAUUCACACGAGACAGCAUUGUAUUUAUUUAGCGUCACGUAAAUCUUCGACAUCUCUUUAUCGCCUCAUACAUAGAUUUUAAAUAGCGCUACGAUCCGCCUUCAACAUUCAAUAAACAACAGUAAACUAAAUUAUUUUACGAUCUAUAUUCGCGUACAUAUCAAAAUUUAUUUUUCUAAGCCAAAAAGAACAAUACAAAAUGAAAGUAACACAAUACAGAUCUCUAAAUGACACGUUGCGAACCUAAAAGUGUUGCAAACGUUAAUAUUAAGUGUUAGGUUACGUAUAGAUUUAUAACACGAAUAAAAAUAUAUUAUAGACCGUAUGUAUCUUUAAAAUUAUAACUCAAGCCAUAAUAAUAUAUUUUGGUAUAAGGAGAUAACAUAAAAUUAUUAGUUUAUAUAACAAAGUUGGGUCGACAGUUUCUACUAUUUGGAAGAAUUUGGUAGUUUCCGUUUAUUUCGGUGUGUCCACCCAGCUUGUUCGCAUCGUAGUGAGUCGCUGUGGUAUUUAAGAUGUACGGUGUGCAAAGGUUUUUUUAUGUGCGUUACGUAUUUUUUAACUUAUGACUUGAAUGGUGAAUUUUACUAUAUAACGUGUGCGUACGUACUAAAAUCUUUGCUUACAACAGUGACAUCACAUUGCAUCAUAUUUUUUACCAUUUGACAUGAUUCUCGUCACGUUGCCUUUCCGAUUUUAAAUGUUUUAUGUCGAAUAAUAGUGUUGUACCAAAACUACGGAUGAGUCGAUUAUUCGGCUGUACAUGUAACCGAAUAAAAAGUUAUCGAUAUUUUUAUUUCAUUACAUGUAAUAAACUUACGUUAUUUUUAAACUAA